AUGAAGUUGCUAAAUUCAAAAUUAAUACUCAGUACAUCUUUAAUAACGGCAUUAACCGACGCCUCUAUCGUUGCUAAGGAUUCAAAACAACCGUCAGAUUUCAAUAAAAACAAAUAUUUAAAACUAGGUUUCGACAAAUACGUAGGUGAGAGCUUUGAUAAAUCUUCGAAAGAUUCUUUGCAGAAGAGAGCCGAAUAUGCAAUCUUUAAUUUAACUAAUCAAGCUAGCUUCUACUCGGUAGAAUUAGCUAUCGGUACUCCCAGUCAAAAUGUGACAGUUUUGGUAGAUACAGGUUCCUCUGACCUAUGGGUCACCGGUUCAGAUAACCCUCUAUGCUCUACUGAUUCGAGCGACGAUGAUGACGAUUCUUAUGCAUUCAAAAAGAAAAGAGCUGAAACCAUCGUUGUCACUGAAGAAGCAACAAUAACAGAAAAUGGUAAUAACUUGGACGGAUUAGAUCCAUUCGGAUGGCUAGGUGGAUCAACUGCCACAUCUGGUUCAUUCGAAACUUCUUUCCCAUCUUCAUCUUCUUCUAGCGGAGAUUUUGACUGUAGUGAAUAUGGUACAUUCAAUACAAACGAUUCGUCCACUUGGUCUUCAAAUCAUACAAGCUUCUUCAUUAGUUACGGCGAUUCCUCCGUAGCAGAAGGUGUAUGGGGCCAGGAUGUUCUCUCCAUCUCCGAUGUAGACGUUUCCGGCGUAUCUUUUGCCGUCGCUAACUAUACUAAUUCCACCGUUGGUGUUCUUGGUAUUGGGCUGUCCGGUUUGGAAACAACUUACUCUGGUACCAGUUCUUCUGAAUCAUACAUUUAUGAAAAUCUACCAAUGCUUUUGAAAAGUUCUGGUGUUAUAGAUACUAUUGCAUAUUCAUUAUUUUUAAACGAAAAGAGUGAUACCACAGGUAAUUUACUCUUUGGCGCUGUGGAUCACAGUAAAUAUUCUGGUUCUCUAUACACAUUACCAAUAGUAAACGUCUAUGCUUCAGAGGGCUAUAAAAACCCUCUAGAAUUUGACGUGACAAUGUAUGGUUUAGGUAUCUCCACAUCAGAUUCAAAUACCACUAUUGCAACAAUGAAAAUUCCAGCUUUACUUGAUUCUGGUACUACUAUUGUUUAUUUCCCAGAAACGUUAUUAGAAUUGGUAGCAGACCAAUUGGGUGCUUCUUAUUCCGAUGAGUUAGGUUUCUAUGCGAUGAGCUGUGUCUCCUCCAGUGAUGAUACCGAAUUUGUCUUCGAUUUUGGUGGAUUUCACAUCACUGUUCCUUUAUCCGAUUUUCUAAUCCGUGUAAGUGGAAGCGAAUGUAUCCUGGCCAUGGCUGCUCAAGACGAUGAAAGUAUCAUCCUUGGUGAUUAUUUCUUAACUAAUGCUUACGUGGUUUACGAUUUAGAAAACUAUGAAAUCUCUAUGGCUCAAGCUAAUUAUGAUUCUGAAGACGAAGAUAUUGAAGUCAUAAGUUCUACAGUACCAAGUGCCGUUAAGGCUGCCUCUUACUCUAACAGUUGGUCAUCAACCGGAUCGAUCACUUCAGGUGGUGACAUUUUCACUGUGGCCUCAAAUUCCACAGCAACUAAUUCUGUAACUACAACAAAAUCAUCAUCAUCGAAAACUUCUUCAGGCCACUCCACUACCGAUUCGAGCUCUAGAAAGAGCAAUGCUGGUUCUGGAAUAAGCUAUGCAUCGUACUUACUAAUGGCAUCCAUCACAUUUGUCCUAUCUUAUUUACUAUGA